UCAACAUAAUGUCAACACAAUCUGCAAGGCGCUGAUUCAUAAUGUCGUACAUAUUGAUAUUAACAACACUUACCUAUGUUUGACAUGAAUGAAAUUCAACUCUAGUUUAAUACUUUGUAUUAUUUUAAAUGGCAACGCUCGAGAAGCUCAUGAAAUCAUGGGACGCUUUAAAGCACUUGCCUGUCCACAUUACCGAAGAAAUCUCCCCAAGACGAAAAGAAAAAAUAGCCUUAUGUGUUACAACAGCAGACACAUUUUGCUCCAUAUCAGGGCUGAAAACAGGAGGUGUCAAUAUAAUGGUGUUAAGUUUUGCAGUUGAAUCAUUGUUACAAUUGUGCAAUGACCCAGACUCAGAUGUUCGCAUGACUGCUGAUGAGAGUCUCAACCGGAUAAUCAGGCAAGCUAUUAUGGACAGCAAUGUAAUGAAAGUACAGGUAGAACUUCACAAAGAAAUCAAGCGUAAUGGAAAUGCUCGUAGCUUGAGGGCUGCCCUCUGGAGAUUUGCGUACCUCAGUCACAUGAUUAGGCCACAAAAGGGUAAACCAUAUGUAAACAAUUUGAUGCCAUGCCUUAUGCAGAUUAGUAAAAGAAACGAAGAAUCUGUACAAGAAACUCUUGCCACUGCAAUGCCUCAAAUAUUUAAGGCACUUGGUCUUUUUACUUCUGACAAAGAUGUGAAGGAACUCCUGAAAGCAUUUCUCCAAAAUCUGUCAUCAGAAUCAGCCCAAGUUCGGAGAACAGCAGCAACUUGUAUAGUGAGCAUAUGUCUGAAUUGCCGCAAACCUAAAGUAUUUUUAAUGGAGACUUUAAAUACUCUUGUUGAUUCUGUGGUUCCUAUCAAGGAAAAUCAAGCAGUUUCAGAAAUUCUUGGAUUGUUAGGCUGCUUAAGAGCAGUUUUACCCCAUUUUACUAAUUAUGAUGAGGAACAAACUGGGCAAGGCGAACUUCAAGGAAGUUUUGGUGUUAGGAGAGGUCAUAAUCGUGCUUCAUACAGUAUAGAUUACAUGAUUCAAGUAUAUGAACUUAGCAUCUAUUUCUCCAAACAUACUGAUCAUAAUGUAGUCAAUGCAUCUUUGGAACUACUGCAUCAACUCCUUACCUCACCUCCUACUGGUCUUGUGUCAAUUCUUCUUUCGCCACAUGGAAUCUCUCGGUCACAAAUUGUAGCUUCUCCUUGUGAACCAUCUAACAUACAACGCCGUUCCCUAAGUCAGAUUAGUGUGGCAGGUUCAAUUGCACCUUGCGAUGAAAACUCUCUAUUAGAUCUUGACUCAGAUUUACCAACUGCCAUGUCAGAUGCUGUAUCUGCUCCUUUAUUAGAGAAAUGGGUUCAAGAUGGGUCUGGAAUGUCACUGGAAACAAAUAAGGCCAUUUCUUGUACUCCAAAGGCAAAUGUGGCCAGGCUACAACUCUUAGAUGCAGCAGAUCCAUGUGAACCUGAUUUGCCCCCAAUUCCAGAAAGGGAUUGUGUAACUUCUGCUGGUGAUGUACACUCCACCGACUCCUCACCAGAUGAUGUUAGAGAAACUUAUUUGCUUGAAUGUCUAGAGCAGGAAAUUGAGAUGAAUAAGGAAAUCACUCCACCCCCUUCUGUAAGUGGAAUUUCACUAUCAAGUCCAUCACCAGGUGCUCAUCGAACUGAAAUAAAGUAUCAGGUGUGUGAUAUUGGAUCUUUGACAGAUGGCUCCAUUCCUUUAGUUUAUUGUGCACGCCAUCUUGCAACCUCCUUUCUGUUGACUGGUCACCCGGGCUACAGAAUGCCCGACCGCAAUGUUCGAGUUAGUGUUAAAGCCCUUGCUCUCAAUUGUGUUGCGGCAAUUGUAAAACUUCAUCCGAAUGUGUUCCAACUUUAUUUAGACAAGGAUCCUAUAUCUCCUUCACGUCGCUCAUCAACAGGUGGGAACUCUUCACAGCCCUUGUGUGAGCUGCUUCUGUUCACUAAACAUACAGACCCCCAGCUACGAGCAAUAUGCUGUGCACUUCUGGCAGCCUUGGUCCGUUCAGUUUUGGUUCAAUCUGGGGGUAACUGGCAAAGCUGGCAACGCAAAGCUGACGCCAAGGUAGCUGCUUGCCUGGCCCUUCCCCGGCUUAUGCAGUAUCUCAUUCAGGGCUUAGAGGAUGAGUCUUCAACUACAUGCCGUCAAACUCUUGUAGCUCUAUCGCAAUGUUUUUCUGAGCUUCUCAAGAGUAGGGACAGUCAGGAGAUUUUCCCAAUUUUACCAGUUCUCUGUAGACUAGCCCAAAACCCUUAUUGGCUUGUAAAGGUAAAACUCUUAGAGCUAGUCAGUGACCUUCAAUAUGUUGUGAUUCACUAUGUAACUGGUUCAUCAACUUUCCAAGACAAAAUUUUCCAUGAAGUACUGCUUGACCUCCUGAAGGAUGAUGACAAUAGAGUUCGUCACGCUGCUGCUGAAGCCAUUGUGAGAAUCAUUCCAAAUCUCUUUUACCCUGUGGACCGUCAUAAUGUUAAUGAAGUUAUAACUGCUGCUAGUGACAUGAGUGACGCACAGCUUCACAAAUUGUUGGAGGAUUCGGAACCUCUAUCAUCAUCAACUUAUGGAAGAAGUUUCCAAAAAAUUCCUCGUUUGGAUAAUCUUACUCCACCAUUUAAUGCUUGGAAUAAAGCUGGUCCUAAGGCAGAAGAGGGUUUCAGUGUACAAUCAGCUCUAUCAAGAGUUGUUGAUACUCUUUCGCUUUUAUUACUGGAGUCAUCAUCAAAAUAUCUGACAAUGGGAUGCUGUGAAACGCUUUCUCUAUUGGCAGAGAGAUAUUCUCCAGCUACGCAUAUGAAGAGCUGGAAUUGUAUAAUCUGUACUCUUUCUGCUCCAAAACUAAGUUCUAAACGUGAAUUUAAGCGAAUAUUCAGUGAUGGUUCUACUGGAAGCAGCUUUUCAGCUGCAAGUGGUCUGCUGCAAAAUGUUUUGUCACUUUUACUGACUAAUCCCUCCACUCUUGAACUGGGAGCACAACAGUGGCUGAAUACCCUUACAGGAAAUUUAUUUUGUGGUGUAGCUUUAGCAAAUAUGCACCCUGUAGAAAACCCACCUCCUGGAGUGAAAUUGGAAUCUAAUUCUCAUUCAAAUCAAUUAUGGUCCAUGUUUAAGGACAAGCAGGUCAGCAUUUCUGCGGAGUCACUUCUACUCCAUGUAAUGCGCACAUUAAGUAUAAUUUCACAUAUUCUUGAGGACUCUCAACCCACAGCAUCAGGCAAUAAACCUGGACUUCCCUCUCUCUCUCCCAUUAAACGACAUGGUAGUAGUGUAGGAAAAACCUCAACAAUUCCAGGUGAUCUGUCAGCAGAUGUUAAGAGUGGGCGAGGAAUGUCACCCAUAAAAAAUAUUAUUCACGGUGAAAAGGAAGAAAAAACUGAGGAGAGAAAAAGCAGUAAGAGUUCGCCAUUUGGCUCGUUUGUAAACAAUCAGCAUUAUGUAAAACUUUUUGAGCUUUUACGGUCAUCUUAUACAAACUACAAGACAUCCCUUGAAACUGAUAUGUGUGACAAAUUUGUGGGACUAGUCAGCUCAACUCUCAAAGUUCUUUCUCAGCUCUUAGAAGUAAUGACUCUCAAUGAAGCAGGGAGAAUUGCCGAAGAACUUUUGUUGUAUUUGAGGAGUACCAUGAGCCUGUCACCAGCUGCUACUGUUCAUUGUGUCAGUCAGUUGCUCAAAUGUGUGGUUGGUAUGAACUUAGUAUCUUUUUGGGAUAAUUUUAAGUCAGAAGAUGGACCUCUUCAACAAGUACCUAGUGUAGGGAAUCUUAAUGAUAAAUGCAGUGGCUAUUUUUCUGUGAGUUUUCAAGAGCCGUACAGGCAACUCAGUCAAUUUCUUGCUGCUGCAUCUGCUACUAAGUCACAAAAUUUGGAGACUUUACAUGCUACUAUCUUAAAUAAAAAUCUUCGCCAUCAAAGUGACUCCAAACUUGCCUGCAAAAUGGCUGACACAACUUUCCUUGCAUCAUAUAUUCGUCUCUUUGAGCCAAUGGUCAUAGAAUCUCUUCAGCAAUAUACUGUUACCAGUGAUGUCCAGCUGCAAGUUAAAGUGUUGUCUUUACUAACUCAGCUUGUCCAGCUAAGAGUGAAUUAUUGUCUACUUGAUUCUGAAAUGGUAUUCAUUGGAUUUGUGCAAAAACAAUUUGAGUUCAUUGAAGAGGGACAAAUUCUAAAUGCAGAAGACCUUAUAAUGUGCAUAUUCCAUUUUAUGGUAUUACUCUCCUUUGAAAAGCAUCAUUCCAAGUCCAUAACCAGUAUACCAAAAGUUAUACAGCUAUGCGAUGGGUUAAUGGCAAGUGGACAAAAUCCUCUAACACACUGUAUUCCUGCACUUCUACCAGUAGUAGAGCAUGGUUUCAUAUCCAAGGCAUCUUUAAGCUCUGGAACUAUUGACGCUGAGGAGCUGGAAACUCAGAGAGAAGUAAUGGUAGCCAUGUUGUUAAGACUAGUUGAAUACCACCAGGUUAUGAAACUUCUUAGCAUCGUCCUUGUAGAAUGCAGAACUUGGCCGGAGGGUGAAGAGCGCUGGAGACGCUGGUCUCGUCAAGUGUGCGAUGCUAUUUUAGGUUUAUUAACAUGUGGCCGAUUAAAAUUGGACUCUUGUGAUGCCCAAAAGGCACUCCAUCAGUUAUUGUUGCAUAGCUUAGCACCGAGUGUUUUCAUGCCAGUUGAUCCACUGCUGAAAGUUCUUUUUUCUCCUCCCCCACAAUCUGAUAGUUCAAUACGUUCAGUCAUUAGGUGGCUUGGAACUAUUUUGGCAGUCACAUUAGUUCUUGUUGCUCAAGGAAAGGAGGAUGCUACUCUUGCUAGGCUUGAGGAACUUGAGAUUGUCCUACCAGCUCUGUUUUUACGAGGAAAUGCUGUUCACUUAGUUAGCCCUGAUCCCUUAAAUGUUGCUGCGAUUGCUACAACACCCCUAACAUCAAGCACACCUGAACUUACCUUUGCAAGAUUGGUUUUAAGAGUAAUAGGACUUGUUGGAGAAAAGAUAGAUAGUAUUGUUAUGGAUCCUGCUUCAUCUCCUGACUUGCUUAAAGACUGUCACUACCUUGAAGAGCUCUUAGCACACUUUUUGCUGGUUUGCAUUCACAUGUUUCAAUCAGGAAGCCACAGAAAAAUUGGUCGUGCUGCUGUUGAGUUGGUGGCAGGACAUGCUACUGAAGACAGUCUUCUUUUAGAGGAUGCAAAUGCAGUAUUCCUUGAGCUUGCAUCUACCUGUCCUCUCUUAAUGUUUUUGUGGUGCUACUUACUGACUCUUUUGAACUAUGGCAAUCAUGCAUUUUGGGCAAGAGUUCUUCCAUCAAUAGCUAAAGACUCCUCUAAAAAAGAUGAAUGUAAGCCAUGUCUUACAAGUAACAGUAUAAAUGUGGAACUUGUUCGUACAGGUGCCAUAAUUGUUUACUGUGAUUUUAUGUGUGAGAACUCUUGUGAAUCUGAGCAAUUAGUUUGGUUUUUAAAAAGCCAAAUGUUGAAUAUUGUUGAGCUAAGUUCAGAGUUUCCAGUUCAACAAUUAAUUGCCGUCUUGCAUCGAAGCCCUGAACACAGUAGUUUGAUGCUGGAGGCUGUAAAAGAAAAUUUCUUCCCUCCAAAUAAGGCUAAACCCAUUAUAGGUCUUUUGAAGUGCUUGGAGGGUGUACAUCCCUCAUGUAGGGGGUCUCUAUUACUCCUGCUUGCAGAACAUUAUGUUGGUCAUGCACAUCCUGCAGUGGCUCGACGAGCUGCUCAACUGUGUACUCGUCAGGCUGAGUACUUACUCACUCUACCAUCAGCUCAAGUUAGUGAGCAGCUCACACGAGAACAGUUACGUGAUAUCUUACAUUCAUUUCGCCAUUCUUGUUUGGACAGAAAGCAAAGUGGUUUGGUCAGUAUCCUGAACAAGCUAGGAUCACAGUGUUUGGCAUUAUCACCUCUUGAAUCAGAUCAAGUUCGUCCUCUCUCACCUGUGUCAUUACAGAACCUUAAAUUAGACAAAGAAUGGUAUCUCAGUCAGGUCAGAUUAAGAUGUAGUCAAGCAUCUUGUACUGGAGUCGCAGUAGAAGAGUCAACUCACCUCCUUGGUCGUCUCGACCUUGAAGAUGCUGUGUCUGUUCUGAGUAGCCCAGACACUCACCUUUCCAUUUUACAACUUUGCUUUCGUCAUGGUACCCAUCAGACCCUCCAGGCUUCUAUUCUUUUGGAACAUAAGAGAAAUAUUGAAGACAUGUUAUCUCCUUUAUACCGUGCUUCUAGAAUGGUGCUCAUGCAAAGGGUUCACCAUCUGACUGAACUUGUACCUAAAGACCAUCAGGUAUUUCUGCCUGUUGGACGUCCUCCAACAAAUGCAGAACAGGCAUAUUCACAGACUCUGUUGAAAAUUUUGGCAAAUGAUUUGAAAAUUGACUCUUUGUUCUGCAUAGCAGCAGCUGUAAGCAGUUAUGUUUAUUCGCUUGAUAAACUGGGCGGAGUUGUACCAUCGGAAGCUGCUGAGGAUCUCGUGACUUUUGCAAUUCUAUGUUUAGAGGCAAUACACAGUCAGUUUUCUCAAAGUGCUGAGCGAUCUACUAUCAAGGCUGAGAGGUUAAGGUCAGAUAAGAAAAAUAAAUCUUUGUCUGUUGAUACACAUGAUCCUCCUAGUGCUUUGAAUUUUGGAAGAGGAACUCUUAUUUCACCAAUGGAUAAAAAAUUCCGUGCCCCUCAGCCUCACUGUUUGGAGCUAGGCUUAGCGUGUGCAAGUCGGGUGCUCUGUGAACCUACUCUUGGUGCUAUAUUAGAGCAUCCAAAGUAUUCCACCCGGCUUGCCUCUGCCUGUUCUGCAAUUUCUGCUAUUGUUCACUUUGCCACGCUAGGGGAGCCACUUCCUCUUAUAUCCAAUGAUGGAUUAAAUGAAGCUCUUUCAAAACCAGAAGCUCUAAAUAUUGCACAUGCUUGUCAUCAAAUAUCGAUUCUUGUCACAUGGCUUGAGAAACAUUGUUUUAACCGUGUAUGCCAAAAUAUUCCACCUUUUCUGUCUGCCCCAAUUAAAAAACUAAUUGUUCAACUAUCAAGGACAUCUCCUUUGAAUUCAUAUGUAUUGACCCCCCCUGAAGUAUGGAAACAUGGUUGGACUGUCACUCUUAAAGGCCCUUAUAACACUCAAGUUCCUCCCUUACCCACUGAGUUUUUGCAAGACAUUGAUAUUCUCCGACAGUUCAUAUUUAGAGUGAUUUUGUUAGGCUGGACAAGCCGACAGCAGUUUGAAGAGACAUGGAUGUCUUUAUUGAGUGUAUUAAGUGCUGAUUCAAGCAAUGAAAAUAUGCCGUCUGAAGAUGUAGCAAUUGAAACUGAAGCUAGCAGUGCCGUUAUAGAGGCAAUUACUGCUCUCCUGCUCCAGACCUUAUCAUUGCCUACACCUGGUAAUCCCAGUGUUGGUCAGCUUAUGCACUGUCCCAGAGAUAUUUCUUUUCAGUUCACUUCCAACAGUCCGGCUGGGAAACUUCAUGCUAUUCAGCAGAUCCUUCUUUGGAAAGAGGAAGGACUUCAUGGCAAGAAACAUUUCUCUGUAUUUGAUCGGCCCAACCUAGAACACUUUGUUUCUCUAAAGCGGUUUCGCUAUGGGCAGGUUUCUGUCGAGUAUCUCCAGUAUGCUCUAGAGAGAUCUCAGGACGGUGUAUGUAAAAAGCAAUUUUCUACUUCAGUCAUUGAAACAUUUAUGAAGAGGUAUACAGCUUUAGAAACCAGUGGAGUAGAUGUCAAUUCUUGUUUAUACUUUCUUUUGGAUUUGUGUACUCAAUGGACUCAACCUCAGCUUUCAGGCAUGUCUGGUUCUAGUCGCCCUUUACAUGAAGUUUUAUGUUCAGUCUUAGCAGUUUCUGAUUUGUUCACUGAACAGUCACAAUGGCAAUGGCUACUUCAGACAUGUUUAGAACUGACAAAAAGUCAGCCUGUAGAGGAUGAUAUAUUGCAGCAAUAUGUUAUUUUAGGUCAAUGUAAAGCCUGUGCUGUUCUCCAGCCUGACAUUGCUGUUUAUGAUCGCAUCAUGCGCACACUUGACAUGACUCUCCGUUCAAGUUUUGUACCUACUGUAACAGCCUCACUUCAUGGGCUGAUUUACAUGCUGCAAGGCUGUCUACUGGCUGAACGAGAAAGAGACACUGAGAAACCUGAUGGAGGAGACAAUGAUGCAAUUCUGAGUGGACAAGAGUUUCCGUCUUCUGCUGAUCCAAGUCUGCUUGAGACUACUCGCAAUGUUGUUAUAUUAGUAGCAGAAUAUAUUAGCAAAAAACUAGUGUCUAAUUCUAAUUUGAGUGUGAAUGAGGAGCCAAACAUUAUUCUUUGGUCCUUGGCUUUUCAUCUAUUGGAUAACUUCAGUCGAUGUAAGAUCGAUGCACUAGAACAAGCUGUUUCAAUUAUUUUACCUCAAGCAAUAACUUUUGCUAAUCCGAAUAGUAGGAUAUCACCGACCCUUCAGCGUUUAAUUCUGCAGGGUCUUGAGAGAUUGGUUGUCUCACAAUCAGGGGCACUCUCAGUCCGUACCCUAGAUCAGAUUACAACUUUGGUUGUAGAAAGCAUUGCUGAUCCUAAUCCUGGAGUGUUUUUCAAUUAUUUGCAACUUCUGUUGUCUUGCAUGUAUAUGGGGCAUGAAGGACAAACUAUGGUGAGCAAAACUAAUACUGGAAUUAGCGAAAUUGAGAAACAAUUAAAACCCACCGACCCUGAACAACUUAUUUUGGCUAUGGAGAAAACAUCAGCUCUUUUUGACAGAAUUAAAAAAGGUUAUCCCCAAGAAGUGGAAUUAGUGUGUUCUGUUCUGCCCAACCUCUUAACUGACUUCUUCCCAGCCUCAGAAGUAUUAACCAAAGUAGUUGGUGAAUUUCUUUCGCAGCAGCAACCUCAUCCAAGACUUCUGGCAGGUGUUGUUUUUCAGGUUUUUGAGUGUGCUGUGGCCCAGUCACAGCUUAGCCUUUUACAAGAGUGGCUUGUUUUGUCACUAUCAAAUUUUACACAGACUCUGCCAGUUCCUAUGGCAACUUGGUGCCUCACCUGUUUUUUCAUAAGUGCAUCCUGUAACCCUUGGCUACGAGCACUUUUCCCCCAUGUGCAGUCUCGGAUUGGACGAUGUGAAUAUGAAGAUCGAAAACUUCUUUGUCUUUCUGCUGCUGACUUUUACCAUCAGCUGACCUGUGAUAUCCAAAAGAAAAAAUUUCUGUCUACAUUCCAGUCAGCUGCUAGUAAGGAACCCAGCUCCCCAUAUUCAGAAAUUCUCUCCAGUUUGAGCUAGCGAGUAUAGUUUAGAUUGUGUGAAGUGAAAUAGCUGACAGCUCUUCACACAUGGUGAUACAUAGAUAUAUAGACUUAAGCUUAUUUUUUAAAAAGUGAGCAAAUGCUUGUACAUAUUUUAAUCCUUUAUCCUUCAGUCUCCUAGAUUAGUAUGUGGAUUUAGACCACUGAAGGUUAUGCAAUUGUAUUAAAAAUUAAAUGGAGAUGCAAAGACAAUCAUUCAAAUUGCUGUUGAUGUGGCCAAUGAUGUAUUGCCAAAUAAAAGAAAGUGGUAUGCUGGAAAAAAA